AAAGGAAAUGUCUCCUGUCUGCAGUCGAGUUAGUGAAAAUGGCGGCGUCUAAUGUGUGUUCUUCCGAGAUUUUAAAGAAACAUUCUGGCAUUUCCGAAAAUUAUGACAACUUUCAAACCGUUGUAAAGAUUGAAGAUGGGGAAAAACUGGAUAUCGACUUGUCUGUUAAAUGUAGGGGUUGUUUUGUGGAAGAUCCAAAAAUGCAUUAUUUAUUCGCAGUUUUUGACCAACACUUGAGUUUGGCUGAUAUUUUGAUAGAAACAACCGCUGUCGAGUGCACAUUAGAUGACGGAUUUCCUCCAUACCUUUGUACCCGUUGUACUACCAGCUUAAUAGAUUUUUUCAACUUUAAAAUUCAGCUGCAUAAAACAGAACUUUACGUAAGAACGCUACUCGCUAACACAUCUUCUAGUAAUGUCAUCGAAGCCCAAAGUGAAUGCAACGCAGAUGAUUUCAUACUGGAUGAGAAACACGGUACUUUUCAGUCCCAGUAUGACAGUCAAGAUGAUAAUUCUGUGGAUAUUAAGAGCUUUAAUCACGUUAAAGAUACACCUGACAUAAAGAAUCUAUCAGGACUUUCUUCACCACGUUGUGAAACUUGUCUUCUAGUGCUUAAGGAUAUUGACGAAUGCGAAACGCAUAUGGCAAAAAAACACGGCAAAAACCCGUUCGAAAAGUACGGCUUAUUUAGACAACAAAUCACCGAGCAGGCAAAAGCUGCAAUAAAAGAAAGAAAAAAAAGGAGGUUUCAAGAGUACACUUUAAAGAAAGAAAUUUUAAUGAUGGAGCCUGGGAAAUAUUGUCGAAUUUGUAAAGCCAAAUACCCGGAAGACGAAUUUAGCGCUCACUGGGCAUUACAUAAAAAACAUGUUUGCGAAGAAUGUGGACAUAGAUGCGUGAAGAAGUCCGAUUUACAUAUUCAUAUGUUGUCUGUUCACAAUGACGAAAGAAAUUUUAGUUGUGCUGACUGUGAUAAGUCUUUUAAAACAAAGCCGCUUUUAAAGCGACAUCAAGUGGUUCAUUUAAAUCCUAGAACGUACUGUUGUGAUUUAUGUGGACAGAGAUUUAAUGAUGGUGGAACUUUGAAGACUCACAUUCAGUUAAAGCACAUAAGAAGCAGAGAUUUCAUUUGUCCUAUAUGUGGAUUGUCGUUUCCGAUGAAAGCAACUCUGGAGAAGCAUAUUUUGAGGCACAAUAAAAACCGCCCGGCUUCAUUCUCUUGCCAUAUUUGUUCCAUUGGUUUCAAGGACAAAUCGUCUCUGACACGACAUCACUUGGUGAAGCAUUCCAAUAUUUUCGUUAAACCAUCCUGCCAAUUUUGUGGCAAAAGUUACUAUUCCAGUACGAAACUUAAUUAUCAUAUAGAACGGCAGCAUUCAGGCAAUAUAGUCGAACGACAGAAACGAAGUUCUAAAAAGUUAAAAUAUCAGCAAUUUAGCAGCAAUACACUAACAGAUACCGAAGACAGCAAUGAUGUUUUAGAAGAAACGAGUAGCCAGGAUCAGAACAGUGCAAAUGUGAUCGAUUCUUAUAGAUCUUCACCAAGGUAUCAAGAUGUCCAAAUGGAAGACGAUUCGUCUUAUGUGGUGUAUCAGCCAUCCUUGCAUUUAGAAGAAGACACAGAAAGUGAGAAUAUGAAGUCUGAAAGUGACUGAACUUGUUAAUUUGCAUAAUAUGUAAUUAUAAAAAUGUUGAUUUUUA